AUGUCCGAACUCACAGAAACCUUGGAGUCAGCCAGCGUGGCCGCCUCGCAAAAGAACUACGAUGAGGCAGAGAAGAAAUACUAUGAAGCCAUCAACGCCACAUUUGAUGGUGAAGACCAGGUUAAAAGAUCGAAGUUCUUGCAGGACCAAGAGACGGCUAUUCUUGAAUUGGGCAAAGUAUAUCAGGAACUCGCCGCUGCAGACAAGUUACAUGACUUGGUGAGCAACUCUAGAAACGUGUUGGGUGGUUUCGCCAAGUCGAAAACCGCCAAAAUCAUCAAGACCUUGGUGGAGGAUUUCGACACCGUCUCCAACGCAAUUGAUCUACAGAUUCAGACCAUUAAGGAGUCGAUUGAGUGGGCAGUUGACAAUAAACUCUCAUUUUUGAGACAGCAAUUGCAGUUGAAAUUGUCGGCCAAAUUGUAUGAGAAGGGCUCGUACCAAGAAGGUAUUAAAAUCAUCACUAAUUUGUUGAGGGAAUACAAGAAGUUGGACGAUAAGUCCUCGUUGGUGGAGGUACAGUUAGUGGAGUCGCAGAUUUACCAUGCUUUGCGUAAUAUUCCCAAGUCGAGGGCUGCAUUGACCAGCGCCAGAACAUCCGCCAAUUCCAUCUACUGUCCUACACUUUUGCAAGCUGACCUUGAUUGCCAGAGUGGUAUCUUGAACGCGGAGGAUAAGGACUACAAGACCGCUUUUUCGUACUUUUACGAGUCGUUUGAGGGUUACAACUCCCAGAGCGAUCCUCGCGCCAUCACAUUGUUGAAGUACAUGUUGCUUACCAAAAUCAUGUUGAACUUGAUUGACGAUGUCAACAUCAUCUUGAACAACAAGAACGCAGUAAAGUACCAGUCAAGGGAUAUUGAUGCCAUGAAGGCCAUUGCAUCUGCGUACUCCAAUAGAUCGUUGAAAGAUUUUGAGUCUGCGCUUGUCACAUACUCCACCGAGUUGAGAUCCGACCCUAUCAUCAAGAACCACUUCAACGCAUUGUAUGACAACUUGUUAGAGCAGAAUUUGUUGAAGAUCAUCGAGUCUUACAGUGUGGUGGAGUUAUCGCACAUUUCCAAGACGAUAGGCUUGAACAUCCAGCAAGUGGAGGGAAAGUUGUCGCAAAUGAUUCUAGAUAAGGUGUUCUACGGAGUCUUGGACCAGGGUAACGGAUGGUUGAUCAUCUACGACCAGCCUAGAACCGAUACCUCAUAUGAGGCUUCUUUGGACUUGAUCAAGAACUUGUCUAGUGUGGUUGACUUGUUGUACGAGAAGGCAUCAUCUUUGAAUUAG